ACCAAGAUGGCGGUACAAGAAACAGCUGCUCAACUCUCUAUGGCUCUUAAGGUUCAAGAAUAUCCAACUUUGAAGGUUCCUUAUGAGACCUUAAAUAAACGCUUCCGUGCAGCACAGAAGAACAUAGACCGUGAGACGAGUCACGUGACCAUGGUGGUGGCUGAACUGGAGAAGACCCUGAGCAGCUCCUUCCCUGUGGUGGACUCUGUGGUUUCUCUGUUGGAUGGUGUGGUGGAGAAAUUAAGUGCGCUCAAGCGUAAAGCGGCAGAAUCAAUCCAGGCUGAAGAUGAGAGCGCCAAGCUCUGUAAGCGGCGUAUCGAGCACCUGAAGGAGCACAGCAGCGACCAACCAGCUAACGUAAGCGUGUGGAAGAGGAAGCGCAUGGACCGCAUGAUGGUGGAGCACCUGCUGCGCUGCGGCUACUACAACACCGCCGUCAAGCUCGCCAAACAAAGUGGGAUCGAGGAUUUGGUCAACAUUGAGAUGUUCCUCACUGCAAAAGAAGUGGAGGAAUCACUUGAAAGGCAGGAAACAGCCACCUGCUUGGCCUGGUGCCAUGACAACAAGUCUCGUCUGAGGAAAAUGAAGAGCUGCCUGGAGUUCAGUUUAAGGAUUCAGGAGUUUAUCGAGCUCAUUCGACAGAACAAGCGCAUGGACGCAGUACGACAUGCACGGAAACACUUCAGCCAAGCAGAAGGCGGGCAGUUGGAUGAGGUUCGGCAGGUGAUGGGCAUGCUGGCAUUUCCUUCCGACACUCACAUUUCCCCAUACAAGGACCUUCUGGAUCCAGGCCGCUGGAAAAUGCUGAUCCAGCAAUUCAGAUACGACAAUUACAGAUUGCACCAGCUGGGGAACAACUCUGUGUUCACCAUCACUCUGCAGGCAGGGCUGUCUGCCAUCAAAACCCCACAGUGUUACAAAGAGGAUGGUUCUUCGAAAAACCCAGACUGUCCUGUAUGCAGUAAGUCCCUGAACAAGCUGGCUCAGCCUCUCCCCAUGGCCCACUGCGCAAACUCUCGCCUGGUGUGUAAAAUCUCUGGAGAGGUCAUGAACGAGAACAACCCACCCAUGAUGCUGCCUAAUGGCUAUGUUUAUGGCUAUAAUUCUCUCUUGUCUAUUCGCCAAGACGACAAGGUGGUGUGCCCCAGAACCAAAGAAGUCUUCAACUUCUCCCAGGCUGAGAAAGUUUACAUCAUGUGAUAAGGCCUCCAGGGCAUAGUUCAAGCUUUCUUUUUUUUUUUUUUCCUUUUUUUUUGGUAAUGACCCCACCCUGGGUUCGAUGAAUCCCAAAACGACGAAACCUGUAGUCUGGAGGCCUCUGUUCCUCAGCCGGUGUUCCAUGAGACUGAAUUCAGUUGCCCUCGGCCAAACCUUUUCUGAGCAAAAAAGGUUUCUAAUUCAUUGGAGGUUUUUACUAUACAACUGGAUGGUGAAAAUCGGGACGAACAGUACAUCAUUUCAAAAAAGGUUGAUAUUUUGGCAUUUUCAUUUACUGGCUUCUUGACAGUGGUGUGAUGACAAAAGGACAUGGCUCCACAUCAUAUAUCUGAGAGCUUCUGCCUUUUUAGUGUGCUUAAAAAUGACCGUUCAUUCUAAUCAAUAGUGCCCACGUUCGUUUUUUUUUUUUUUUGGACAAGUGUUUCGAGCACAAUAGGGUCCACUAUCUAAUAUCGUGCCUGAGCACUUGUAAAAUCUGUUACCACAUGUGGUUAGUUAACACCGGCACAUGCUCACUGCUGUUGCAGUUACCUUUUCUAGAAAGUGUAGUAGCGUCAGUGGCAAUACUUCGCACAUAAUUCUCAGUUGAUGUAACUAGGUAUAGAAAGACAUUGCGGUUUGUUGGUAGCUGUUCGUGAAGGGUUGUUGUUAGACUAAAUUGACAUCACAUGCCAUAUUUUGACAGGUCCCUCAUUACAAUACAGAUGACUAGUGUCUGUGACCAACAUGCAACUUGUUGGGUCAAGUGUAGCAGGAUUUUGUGACUAACUCCUAAAAUAUCAAGGUUUGUGAGGAAAUUUGUGUUACCAUACAAAAGCUCAUGCCAGAUUUAAGUUUUUUUUUUUUUUUAAGACGAAUGCAUUAUUUUAGAGGUGUGCAUAAAAAAAAAUAUUUUUUUUAAAUCACACUCCUGCCCAGUCUAGUUGAACGAUCAGUCCUGCGCAAUUCUGUAGUGCAGCAAUAUAUAUACUCGUGAAGUUUGCUGUAAAUCAAGUCAUUUUUAUCACAACUACUCGACCCAGGAUAAAGCAGGUAAGGAAACUUAUUGAUCAAGAAAACUUGAUGGCAGGUUUUUGUCCUUUUAGUGACUUUUUUUGGGGGUGUUGGGGUUGGCGGGUGGGGGGGCCUCUCCUAGGGAUCUCACAAGGAUCUCAGGCUGGAUGCACACCUCUGCAUUCUUUCACCAAAGCAGCCUGUAGUGUCUGAAUCUCAGGUUAGACUGACAUCAUACAUGCUACACCAUAAAGCCUGACUCACUGUGUCUCCAUACCUCACAAGACCAUCCUUUGUUACUUCCCAUUUCUGAAAAAUAGACUGUCUUCCUAUUUUAUGUUAGGUCUUAAUAGUAAGGGCUACAUAGGUUUGGGAUUGAUAAGGUCUUAACCACUUUGUCAUGUGAUUUUGAAAAAAUAUGCUUCAGAUAAUCAUAAGCAUUUUUCGACGAAGCACUAAAUAGUUUUGUGUCGUUCAAGCACACACUUUCUAUUUUAGACUCCAGACCAUUUAGAUUUUCCCAGUCAGGUAGCAGUUAGGUCAUCUAUGAGCACCUUUUUUUUUUUUUAAGCACACGGACUUUUUUCUUUUUUUUUUUUUUUUCUUUUCCCCCCCUCCCCUCCUUUAUACUUGGCAAGCUGCUUUCAAAUGUGCUAUUUUAUUGUAAGUGUGGAAAGGCUACUUAGAUACUGCUCUUGCAUGUGUGUACUCAUAGAGUAGUUGGGUUGUUCAUGUUUAGUCAAAUAAAAAAAAAUUAUUUGAAUAAA